AGCGGGUGAUUGUGAGUAGGAUUAACUCUAGUGACGGAGACAGUUUAACGAAAAAGGCAAUAUUGUGAGUCAGCUGCUGAAAUUAUUUUUAUAUAAAGUACUCCUACUACUAAUACUAUUGUAGCAAAUUGGUAUAAAUUUUGUACUAGUUGUUUGAAGUUUACCAUAUUUAAAAUGGCAACAACUCCUGGUGAACAAAAGAAAACAACAUAUUCUGAACUAACUGAAACUUAUUAUGAUGCAUCAAAGGAAACAAAGGAGUAUGAUGCAACUCCAGACAGUGGAAUUCAUGACCUAUCUAACGUGGCUCCAGAACACAGAGCCAAGCUAGAGGAAGAGUGGAAGGAGGAACUAGCUAAGACGGAAGAAGAAAUCAUCACACUUCGGCAAGUUUUGGCUUCCAAAGUUAGGUAUGCCCAGGACUUGAAACAUAAACUUGGAAUUACUGUGUGGAAAGAAUUUAAGGAUGAUAUGGAACAAGGUAUCAAGAACAUUCAAGAAACAGACGUCUACCAGCGGACCAGCCAAACCUUGAAAACUGCUGGAGAAAAAACUACCAAUGUUUUGGGAAACCUGGGGGCCAGUGUAACGAAGAAACUUGGAGAAGUAAAGAACUCGCAGACAUUUAGAUCUUUCGAAGAAAAGGUUGGCACAGCUUAUGAAAGUGUUAAGAAUAAAAUUCCUGGUUCACGUAGUACUGGUGCAGACAACUUUGAAGAAGCUCUGAACGAAAAAGAAAAUCCCACUUCAGGAAGCUUCACUCCAGCCACUCCUGAAGGAAACCCUUUGCCCUAAAGUCAUCAAAAGUUUCAUCCAUAAAUAUGAAACUAGAGAAACCAGAUACCUUGCGAAAAUGACUUGUUUUUUCCUUUGUAUAUAGCAGUAUUUUACUGAAUAAAGUUUAUCAUAAUACACCAUAAGGUGCUGUUCAAGAAUGUGGUUAAAUUUGGAAAAUAUAAUGUUUCAAGAUGCAUAAUCUUUUGGCCAAAAGCAGUUUAAAGAAAUUUCAGUAAUAAAGUAUAGGACCAGCAAUUCUCAAUGUUUAUAGUGAAGACUUAUUUUUUUCUAAAAAAAAAAAGCUAAUGUAUUUUACUGAGUUAAGUAAUUUUAGUUGAUUCUGUUCUAUUACAUUUCAUGAUUAUUUACUCUUUAUAUACAAUUAAAAGUUAUUUUAUUAAUAUUUCAAUAUAUUAAUACAGUGAAUGAAUUGGGUUAGGUUUUGUUGUAAAAGUAUUCAUUAAAUGAUUAAAAGUUAUCGGAAACUUUCUGGUCAAUAAACAGUUACCUAUACAAAAGCCAGAGCUUAUAAAGAAAUUUGCAAUUUAAUGUAUAUGUUAGCAUAUUACUGAAAAAAAAUGUUAAGAGUUAAGAAUCCUAAGAGUUGUGACUUACAUUUUACAAUGAGAUAUUUAGUAAGACUCAAUAUUAUUCUUUUUUAACUUUCCCUAAAACUUCUAUGUUUAAUCCUUACUUGAAACUAUAUAAUUUUUUAUGCAUCUAUGGAUUCUGAAAUUUUAACACAAGUUUGAAAAUCUAGGGGGAUCUUUGGUGAUAAGUAACUGACCUUAUUUGUGUAUAUAAAAUGAAUGGAAUAUCUAGAAUGGUUAAGUCUUUGAACUUUUGCUUGAAAUCCUAAGACCACAAACUACUAUAAAUACUGAGUUUACCAAACAUCAAGGAGGACCAGUUCUCUUACUUGGUUUCUACAAUUUUCAUAAGUAAUAGUAAAUUAGUUGGAUGUUAAACAGAAACUAGUGUUGGGGUGACAACCUGAACUAGUGUAUAUGUAAUUAUAUAACUCUGUACAGGAAAUAUCUAACUGUGGAAUGCAGUUGGUGUAUUGAUCAUGUCUUCCUAUGACAACUCAGUCAUUUGAUGCAAUCAUACUAAAAACUUAAACCUUAUUAGAAAUAUUAUCCAAUGUGAAAUACAUUUAAUUUUCAAUUGAACAUUGUGUUCUAAUUGUUUGCCAAACUGAAACAUAAAAGUACCUUUUGCUUUUUUUUCUUUCUUUCUUUCUUAUUUCAGGCUGUAAUAUUAGCAGAGGUUUUCACUGGAAUACUUACUAUUAAUUUUUAAAUAGUAUUAAGGUGAGAAAAACCUACUGACAAUCUUUGUGUGUUAAACAAUUUUUAAUCUGUAAGAGCACUUCCUAUUGGUCAGUUUAUUUAAUAUGUAAAACCUUCCAUCAAAAUUAUGUAUUUGAUAUAAUGUGUACUGAGAGUGAAACUAGAUAUUUUGUAUGGUGUUUAAAAGAUAUAAAAUCAAUUUUCUGAUCUAGUAAUAGUUUGUAAUUUUGUCUGCAAGGGGUAAAUAGUACUGUGAUCAUUACUUGCUUUAAGAUUUGUGUAAUGGGAAUCUGUUUAAUAUCUAAGUACUUUGUUUUGACACUUCUUCGCGUUCAUUAAAUGUCAGUGGUGAAACAUGCACUCACUUUAGAAAAUGGAUUUUGACUAUUAAACCUAAGUACUGUCAAAAAUGGUUGUAGGAAAAUAAUUGUUUUUAUCAAGAGUUAUUAAUUACUUACAUUUAUAAUGUGCUUUUAAAGAUUUUUUUUUACUAGAAAACCAAUAAUGUUGUUGUCUGAAAAAUGUCACCGAAUGAAUAAUCAUAGUACUUUAUAUUGAGUUAUUGUUAGUUUGCACUUCAACACUUUCAAUAUUAAGAAAUUCUUGAGAAAGACCAUUAAAUGCUUUUAUUUCAAAAACAUUCUCUGAAUUUGUUCUUUAAACUAUAUUUGAACCUAAAGAAAGAAUGUAAUGUAGUUUCUUUUGUCAAUUAAACCAAUCUUAUUUGAAACAAAAAAAUGAUUGAACUAUUACAUUGUAUCUAAUUGAUAUUUAACUGCCAUAUGUCGAAUAGAAUAUUAUUAUUGUGCCUUCAAACUUGGCUGUAGAAAUGCACAUAUAUAUCUAAACAUAAUAUUUAAAUAAGAUAUGUAUAUCAAAAUUAUGGAUAUUGUUUGAAAAUAAGCAUUUGAUCAUGUAUGGUUUUAUCUGUAAUAAAGUUAAUGUCUUCCUGAUUGAAAUAAAGUUGAGUUGGUUAUCA